AGAAGAAGAAGAAGACGAAGGGAACUCUGGGAUAUGACGUUUUUGUAGCUAUACACUCUAAACAUGCUAUCCAGCGAAACACGUUGGACUUUGUUUGGGCAGUAAGACUUUAUUUUCAGUGAAAUAUGAGUGACUGCGACUUUAGGCGCUCGCCAUUGGGAACCUUGAGAGAUAUAAUUCUUCCGUCGUGUAAUUACUGAGUUAUCCGACUUUCUUUACCAUGAAUUUCACGUCUAAAUAGGUGGUUAAUCAGAGGCAUGCUAACUAGCUUAAGCUACCUGGACCUUCUGCAAUUUACUGACACAGUUGAGCUAGUACAAUGUUGCCUGAAAUAUUGCAAGGCACUGAUGCUGGAGGAUUGCUCAUAAUACAAGAUUGUGCUAGUUAUUCUGGUCGACACCUCUUGAAGAGCUUCAUCAGUGCCGCAUUAAACAGGGAUGAAGCUGUCCAUAUCCUUGGCUUUGAGGUCAGUGAGGAGGAGCUGAAAGAUGGAUUGGAAGGAUCACAUCUACAGAGGUUACACUUUCACAAUGCGUAUACAGACCCCCUUGGCUGGACUGGUCAGCCAGCUUUCACAGUUCACCAGUUUUGUUUGGAUGAAAUUACACGUCUGGUCAAGCAAACAUCACACCCCAAACCAGUUACCUUAGUGGUCGACUCUCUUUCUUGGAUUUUGAGACACCUCAGCACUCCCGCUGUCUGUAAGACUCUUCAGCAACUUAGAAAAGGGGGAGCUGUCAGAGCUAUUAUUGGUCUGCUCCAUGCAGAUAUGCAUCACAGGGGUACUGUGGGAAGUGUAUGCCACUUGGCUACUUCAGUUGUCACUGUAGCAUCUGGGAUGAAGGGAGACGAAGCUGUGGCAAGGAUAACAAAGCGCUCAAAAUCGGGGAAAGUUAUGCAAGAUGAGGGGAUCUUCAGCAUUAAAGAUGAUCUCACAGUCAUAGUACAGAGCAAGCCCAGCCAACAUGGAGCCAAAAAGGCUGACACUGAGGACCAGGAGACCGACCCAACAGCCAACUUGACCUUCAACCUUCGACUGUCUGAUACAGAGCGGGAGGCCAAAGAGAAACUUGCACUUCCCUUUGUCUUCAGCAAAGAGAAGAAAACGGCUCUGCUCCACUCAGGCCCAGGUUCAGGACGGAUUCUGUACGAGCCUGAUGCCAACGACGACUACGACCAGGAGGACCCUGAUGAUGAUCUCGAUGUGUAGAGUUCAGGCACAGAGGCUCCACGUUUCAUGUCCUGAUUGCCAUUCAAGAGUUGUUAGUAGUUAAGAUUCAAAGACUUAACGCCACAUAAUUGUGUUGUGAAGAAAUUAAAUAAUGUACAAAAUUUCUGGAAGAAAUCUGUAAUCUGUUUAUAAAAUGUUUUUUAUUCAAGAG